UCUCAAUUCUCAAACGAUGUAAUCUUAGUACACAUCUUAAAAUUCAAUUAUAUAUUUAGAUUCAAACAUCUUAAUCCUAAUAAGAAAUAAAUGGGGCCUAAGUCCCGCUAUCCAUUAAUAACAUUUCUAUUAUCAAUUAGUUUUCUUCAAUCCUAGUGUAACAACAAUUAUAAGACAGUGAUAACUAGAAUAGCAAGCAAAUAAUUCCAAAACAGCUAAUAAUUCAAUUAGCUGGAAAUAAAUUAAUUUUCUUUCAACUCUUUCUAGCCUACUAAACACUGAGUAGAUGACUUUCACUACCUAACCAAAAACAAUAAUAAAACAGAAAAAGAAGAGUAGCUACCAAAGGCUUCAACAAAGAAAAAUAAUGAAGCCACCUCUCUCAUCUUCUCCAUUUUCCUCUUCAAUUCUCAGAAAACUUCGUCUUUCUACUUUUCUGAUCUUGAUAUUAUUAUCCUUCAUUUUUCUUGUGACUAUUCUGUACAGUGAAGAAUUCAGCUGCAUUUUUAGCCAACAACAAAAUGCUAUCUCAAGAAAUAUAAAGAAGAACAAAGAGAACUUACCAUUUGCCAUAGGAGAGACAAAAGAAGGAUGCAAUGUGUUCAAUGGGAGAUGGGUUUGGGAUGAGAAAAGGCCUUUGUAUGAAGAAUCAGAGUGUCCUUACAUACAACCACAAUUGACUUGUCAACAACAUGGAAGGCCAGAUAAAGAUUAUCAACAUUGGAGAUGGCAACCUCAUGGUUGUUCUCUUCCAAGUUUCAAUGCGACACUAAUGCUGGAAACUCUUCGAGGGAAGAAGAUGUUAUUCGUGGGUGAUUCCUUGAACAGAGGACAAUUUGUUUCUAUGGUUUGUCUUGUCCAUAGAAUCAUUCCUGAGGAAGCUAAAUCCAUGAAAACUGUUGGUAGUUUCGACGCUUUCACCAUUAAGGAUUACAAUGCAACAAUUGAGUUCUACUGGGCACCAUUUUUGCUGGAAUCAAAUUCUGAUAAUCCAGCCAAACAUAGGAUCGAAGAAAGAGCUGUUCGAAAAGGUUCAAUAAACACACAUGGAAAAAAUUGGAUAGGAGCUGACAUAAUCGUUUUCAAUACUUACCUUUGGUGGAGGAGUGGCACCCGUUUUAAUAUCGUGCAAGGGUCAUUUGAUGAUGAAGUGAAAGAUAUAGUGGAGGUAUCUACAGAGGAAGCAUAUGGCAUGGCAAUGAAGAGUAUGUUAGGAUGGAUUAAAAAGAAUAUGGAUCCAAAGAAAACCAGAGUUUUCUUCACUAGCAUGUCACCUUCGCAUGAAAAGAGCUUAGAAUGGGGAGGUGAACCAGACAAGAAUUGUUACAAUGAAACAAAAGUGAUAGAGGAUCCAAAUUACUGGGGAUCAGGUAGUAGGAAAAGCAUAAUGCAAGUGAUUGGAGAAGAAUUUGGCAAAUCAAAAGUGCCAAUCUCAUUGCUCAACAUUACACAGCUCUCAAGUUAUAGAAAAGAUGCACAUACAACAAUUUACAAGAAGCAAUGGCAUAAAUUAACCCCACAACAACUAGCAAAUCCAUUCAGCUAUGCUGAUUGUGUUCAUUGGUGCUUGCCUGGCCUUCAAGAUACUUGGAAUGAGCUUUUAUUCACAAAGCUUUUUUAUCCUUGAAAUUUUUAUAUGGAUAUAUAAUUGAAGGCUUAUCGUAUUAUAUAUUUUUGUUAAUUAUCUUUUUCGAUAGUUGGAUAGAAAAUAUAAAUGUAUGUAUCCUUUUAUUCUUUUGGAUAGUAGUUUUGAAAAUUGUCGAACAGGAAAUAUUUUGUGUCGUUCUGCUUUUGGCCAGAAAUGAGACAAGAAACCGUGUCCAAUUAUUUAUUUAUCUCUUAAUGGAAUUGAGGGUCAAUUGUAUUGGUUU